UACGAGUGCCUAUCAUACACUUGGGGCCAGUCCGCUCCAUCUCGUGUCCUUUGGCUAGACGACAAUAUGAUCACAAUCAGCGAUAAUCUCCACUCCGCGCUGUUUUCUCUCCAACUCGAAGAUCAGCCACGUCUGCUUUGGGUAGACUUUGUCUGUAUCAAUCAGAUGGAUCUCCAGGAGCGGAAUUCUCAAGUCCAAUUGAUGUACGACAUCUUUUCGACUGCUAAGAAAGUGGUAGCAUAUCUGGGCCAUGAGGCUGACGGCAGCGAGCGGAUACCUGAAUUGCUCGCAAGAAUAUGUGCUGCCCACGAGCUCACUUUGAACGACGCCAAUUUGAAAAAAAUGCACUGUAUGCCUUGGGCUUUGAGUCCUUGUGGCCUUCCCACCUCUGAAGAUGCGUCAUGGGAAGUACUUCGCAAGUUUCUCUCUCGACCUUGGUUCUUCCGCGUCUGGAUUCUUCAGGAAGCUCUAGCAGCAAGGAAAAUGGACAUAAUGUGCGGAACUUGGCUUGCUUCAGCGGAUUUCAUCUUCUCGGCCUUAGUAAUA